ACAUCAGCCAUUGCGCGUGAUGCAAUUGAAGUGCUAACAUAUCGUCGUCGAGUCAGCCAUCACCAGCAAUAUCAGCAGAAGUGCAGUAGCAGUAGUAGUAUCAGUAAAGGCAGAUUCAGCAGCAACGGAAGCACCAGCACCGUGAAAAAAUAUUUCUUCUUUUUUUUUUGGUUCAUCCGCCCGCUCACUCUCCCUCUCUCCAAGUGUGUGUCUCUAUGAACUGACAGUGUGUGUGUAACAACAAAAAUCCACUCCUUGCUGAUGCGGAUGCGGACCGAGCGCGGAUCGGCUCAGUGACAAGAAACCACCAUUGUGAAAAACCCCUAAUAAACUUAGCCCAAACUGUGAAAGUGUCCCUUGAACACACACACACCUCAACUGUACAAAAACUAGAACGCUAAAAAAAAAACACUUGCAAAAGGAUUAAAGCAAAAGUUUGGAAAAUUGUGAAAUAUUCUCGGGAAAAGACUCUCGCAAAGUUAAACCACUGAGCAAUCGCAGAAGAAGACGAGGAAGAACCCGCGGAAGAAGAUGACAAUGCAGUCAAGAUCGACCAGCAGUAUCAGCGGGAGUGCCACCCGCAGCACACACACGAUCUCCAUGGGACUGAUUAUGAUCUCGGCCAUGGCCGUGCUCCUGGUGGCGCUCCCCGGCGGCGCAGUAGAAGCCCGCAUGGCUUUCGAGAAGUUGACAGACUUUGACUUUCCGGGAAACACGUACUACAGCGUGAAGAACCUAUCCCUGUACGAGUGCCAGGGCUGGUGCCGCGAGGAGGCCGACUGCCAGGCGGCCGCAUUCAGCUUCGUUGUGAAUCCGCUGUCGCCCUCGCAGGAGACACACUGCCAGUUGCAGAACGACUCUUCAGCGGCCAAUCCCUCGGCUGCGCCUCAGCGGUCGGCCAACAUGUACUACAUGGUGAAGCUGCAGCUGCGCAGCGAGAACGUGUGCCACCGGCCGUGGUCCUUCGAGCGGGUGCCCAAUAAGGUUAUUCGGGGGCUGGACAAUGCCCUCAUCUACACUAGCACCAAGGAGGCCUGCCUGUCCGCCUGCCUCAAUGAGAAGCGCUUCGUAUGCCGCUCCGUAGAGUACGACUACAACAAUAUGAAGUGCGUGCUGAGCGACUCGGACCGACGUAGCUCCGGCCAGUUCGUUCAGCUGGUGGACGCACAGGGCACCGACUACUUCGAGAACCUCUGCUUGAAGCCGGUCCAGGCCUGCAAGAAUACACGCUCCUUCGCCAAUGCCCAACGCAUGGGCGUCUCUGAGGAGAAGGUGGCCCAGUACGUCGGCCUCCACUACUACACGGACAAGGAGCUGCAGGUGACCUCCGAGUCGGCAUGCCGGCUGGCCUGCGAGAUUGAGUCCGAGUUCCUGUGCCGCUCCUUCCUCUACCUGGGCCAGCCGCAAGGCGCCCAGUACAACUGCCGGCUAUAUCACCUUGACCACAAAACCCUGCCCGACGGCCCAUCCACCUACCUCAAUCACGAGCGCCCCCUAAUCGACCACGGCGAGCCCAUCGGCCAGUACUUUGAGAACCAGUGCGAGAAGUCCGCCUCCGGGCCCGGCUCUCCCCCAGGCACCCUCGACAAGAUCGACACGUUGCCCGUCAGCUUGGACACUAUUGAGGACCCUAAUCUCACCAACCUUACCCGCAACGAUGUCAACUGCGACAAGACUGGCACUUGCUACGAUGUUUCUGUUCACUGCAAGGACACAAGGAUCGCGGUCCAGGUGAGAACCAACAAGCCCUUCAACGGACGCAUCUACGCUUUGGGGCGGUCCGAGACCUGCAACAUCGAUGUGAUCAACUCAGACGCCUUUCGACUGGAUCUGACCAUGAUUGGACAGGACUGCAACACUCAGAGCGUGACUGGCGUCUAUUCAAACACGGUGGUGCUGCAGCACCAUAGCGUGGUGAUGACCAAGGCAGACAAGAUCUACAAGGUAAAGUGCACAUACGACAUGAGCUCGAAGAACAUCACUUUCGGAAUGAUGCCCAUCCGCGAUCCGGAUAUGAUCCACAUCAACUCGUCGCCGGAAGCGCCACCACCAAGGAUCCGCAUCCUGGACACGCGCCAGCGCGAGGUGGAGACAGUGCGCAUUGGAGACCGCCUCAACUUCCGCAUCGAGAUACCCGAAGACACUCCUUAUGGCAUCUUUGCCCGCUCGUGUGUGGCCAUGGCCAAGGAUGCCCGCACCAGCUUCAAGAUCAUCGACGACGACGGCUGCCCCACUGAUCCCACCAUCUUCCCCGGAUUCACCGCCGACGGCAAUGCCCUGCAAUCCACCUACGAGGCUUUUCGCUUCACUGAGAGCUACGGUGUCAUCUUCCAGUGCAAUGUCAAGUACUGCCUCGGCCCCUGUGAGCCGGCCGUCUGUGAAUGGAAUAUGGAGUCUUUCGAGUCACUAGGCAGAAGGCGUCGUCGUUCAAUCGAUAACCAUGACUCCAAGAACACCACCAUGAACAUCUCUCAGGAGAUUCUGGUCCUGGACUUUGGUGAUGAGAAGCGCGAAUUCUUCAAGGCAGAUCCCAGCACAGACUUUGCCAAAGACAAAACUGUGACCAUCAUCGAACCCUGCCCGACGAAGACGUCGGUGCUGGCGCUGGCCGUGACCUGUGCGCUGAUGAUCCUGCUCUACAUCUCCACCCUGUUCUGCUACUACAUGAAGAAGUGGAUGCAGCCCCACAAGAUCGUAGCAUAAGUCCGAGCGCCUUCAGAAGGAGAAAAAAAGAAAGAAAGAAAACUAAAACUACAACUACCACAACAUCAAAAAAAGUUGAAAGACAUAAUGAAAUUGAAAGAAAGAAGAGAAAAACAAAAUCACAGUAAAAAUUGUCAUACCACACUCGGACUCUCCCUCAAAACACAUCACGCAACACGCAUCACACCACUAUAACUGUGCAAGUCUAGCUAUCGCUUUGUCUCUCUCUUGCCCCAGCUGUCUGUGCCCGCUCUUUUGCUGAAAGAUGCAGCUUAAGAGCAGAAAAGAGUUCACCAUAUAGACACCACGCUCGCACGCACACACACCGCACCACUCACCCCUCACACAAUGACAACCGUAUAAUUUUUUGUUUUUUUUUUAAUUGAUAUACACAUUUAUAUAUUUAAUAUACAAUUUAUUUAUUUAUAUUUAUUUAAACUUAGGGCGUGAGAUGUUUGCCUAUAGGAAAAACUAAAAUGAACGGAAAAAAGAAGUGCAAAAUUUUCAAUACACUCAAAACUUAGAACAAAACGAAAGCGAGGAAAAAGCUACGGAAGAAGGAGAAGCAAAGACAGCCUUGCACAUUUGAAAUAUGCGAAUAGUAUGAAAAUAAAAGAAAAAAUUAAGAAAAAGCUGCGAGCGCGUACUUUCUAUAAAGUUACGAAAAGGGGAAUCCCAAAACAUUCGAUGACCUGCUCGAGUGCUGGGAAGAGGAGCGCGAUGGGAUAGGUACCUUUUUGUAACUUCUAUAGAGACUGCGGCCGCAGAAGCGCACACUCGCACUCACUCACACGCCUACACAUUUCAGCACUCCCACUCGCACUCACACUCAUAAACACACCCACCUUCACACCCAACACACGCACUCACAUUUAUUUAAUUUUAAAAGGAACGCAAUAAACGCAAACAAAAGCAAUCAAGAAACGAAACUAAGGACGCCGGUCAAAGCAAAAGGAAAACAAGAAAUGAAACGUAAUUUCAGAGAAACAAAGUGAAAUUGUGCUUAAUUGUAUUGCAUUUAUUUAAUUUAAAUCUAUUUAUAAUAAUAAAGAACGAUAAUGACAAAGCA